CUGGCAGUUGUAGAGAGAGUUGAAGGCGACAGCCCCGCGUCAUUUGGUGAGGGAACGGCUUCCACGACUGAUAAGGCCGCCAGGCAAGCGUGGAUCACGGGGUGGAGGCGCACAUUCGAUCAUCUUUCGGAUAUCUAAGCCAGUCCGUCAGGGCAGUUCCUGUCGUCAUCCUGGCACGUGGAUGUCGUGCACUCAUCCAAAUGACCAAUGCGGAUGAUACCGUCUGGUUGUCAUCGAGCUGGGCCGCCUUUGCUGAAAAUGGUUACUGUCUACCGCUUGGUGCAGCACCCACAUUUUCUGCACUCUAUCUAGUUACUGCUGUUGACCCUGCAAACCAUGCAAAGUGCUUAUCUCAGCCGGGCCGGGUCCCAUGUUCAGACAAACCCAACAAUCAUUGCAAACUGCACAAACAGAAUUCAUAUCCUCACGACAUUCGGGAAUAUCGAGGCCGCAGGUGGUCCCAUACUGUGCCUCGGAGCCGAUGAUCUGAACAAAUCCUCCAUUACCAAAUCCCUACCCACUACUGGCUCUAGACCAUAGGUGGAGCUCGGAGGGAACAACAACCGGUCGAUUCUCGACAGGCACAAUACCUGGCACCACCUGAUCUUUGGCAGAUCAGCCAAUUCCAUCUACUCUGCAACAAUGGCUGUUCCCCGGCCAUAUAUGCCUCUUCGGAGGUCGCUCUGUCAAUUCUCAUCUCGAUCCUGUCGCACACCUCGCAAUCUCUCAGCGCCCUUUCGCAGAUACUCUUCGGAACAGAAACCCCCUUCCGAACCCAAGCCAUUCACUGUCUGGAGACCAUACCUACGGCUGGCCAUUGGUGUGCCCUUCAUCGGUGCUUUGGUGUAUUCCAUGGUAGGCUUUACCCACCAUGCACUUUGCGCGAAUGUCUUAAUCUGACUAUAUUCAAU